UAUCUAGACUCCGUCAGGCGUCAUCGUUUAUCACGUCCUAGUCCCAGUCGAGUCACAAUCUGCUUGCGCGACUUCGUGGGGAUAGGCUCGAGCUGUGAAUUCAACUUAAUUUAAAACACCAGGUCACCAAAUACUCGGCGCAAUAGAGACUACUAUGCGUGUUAACGCUGGUCUUUAGUACGCUGUUCGUAUUUGGCUCAUUGAGCGAAUAAUAUGUGUGCAUAAGUAAGCCAUGAGUUAUCGGAAUCGACUAUCCCGCGUCGCCAAGAAUAAUAACGAACCAUCGCCAAGGAACAAAAACAUUACUAGACACGACUGUUGUGGCGCCAGUAAAUUGCGAGCAAGUAGUGUAGAACACGAUCGAAUCAAUGGCAACCACGAAGUACACAGAAAUUCUACUUCUGUAGAUAGGGUGUUAAAUAUUAAUAGAAAUUCCAGAUUAAACCAAUUGACAAGCGAGUCUACCUGUGCAGCUAGUUGUAGAACUCCAUUAAGGAAUUCUACAAAAACGACUUUAAGCCGCUCCAGUCUGAAUUCUUCGAGUACUCCACUGAGAAAGGUGUCAGCACGAGGACGAGGAGCAGCAACACCUUCUCCUCGUUUUAGACGUGAAACAACCUCGUCAAAGAAAAUUGAGGAUAACAAAUCAGAUAAGGAAUGCCAAUCUUCUCCUACAGACAUGCCAUCCAAACAAUCGUAUCUCUUUUCCCAGAAUUAUUAUGACAAUAGCUCUUGUUCUGUGGAGAUUAUAGAAGAAUCAUGCUCUCCACAAAUAACAUUACCAAUACCAACUGAAAUAUUAAAUACUAAAUCGGCAAUAUUUAAUCGUUCUGAUGAUGAUGAAGAAAAAGCGACUGGAAUAUCACCAGAUGGAAGAUUCCUUAAGUUUGAUGAGGAGCUAGGCCAUGGUUCUUUUAAAACAGUUUUCCGGGGUUUGGACACUCAAACUGGUGUUGCGGUAGCUUGGUGUGAGCUUCAAGAAAAUAAGCUGACAAAAACUGAACGUGCUCGAUUCCGUGAAGAAGCUGAGAUGCUUAAAGGUUUACAACAUCCUAACAUAGUUCGUUUUUAUGAUUACUGGGAAGUAUCUUUGACAAAACGCAAAUAUAUUGUACUUGUCACUGAACUUAUGACAUCUGGCACACUCAAAACCUAUUUACGUCGCUUUAAAAAAAUUAAUCCCAAAGUACUCAAAUCAUGGUGUCGACAGAUAGUAAAAGGACUAAGUUUUUUACAUUCGCGCACACCCCCAAUUAUUCAUCGUGACUUAAAAUGUGAUAACAUUUUUAUAACUGGUACAACCGGUUGUGUAAAAAUUGGAGAUUUAGGAUUAGCUACUUUAAAAAAUCGAUCAUUCGCAAAGUCUGUUAUUGGUACACCUGAAUUUAUGGCCCCAGAAAUGUACGAAGAACAUUAUGAUGAAAGUGUUGAUGUCUAUGCCUUUGGAAUGUGUAUGCUUGAAAUGGCCACAUCUGAGUAUCCUUAUACAGAAUGUACAGGUCCCGCUCAAAUUUAUAAAAAAGUGAUUAGCGGUGUAAAACCAUUAAGUUUUGAUAAAAUAGAAAAUCCUGAAAUUAAAGAUAUUAUAGAGUCAUGUAUUAAAUUAAAGAAAGAAGAAAGACCAUCAAUUAAAGAAUUGCUAGCACAUGAUUUUUUCACGGAAGAUCCUGGUAUUAAACUUGAAAUGGUUAGCAGAACGGAUAGUCGUAUUGAAUUUCGUUUACGUGUUCUUGAUCCAAAGAAACGCUGUAGUAAUAAACAUCGAGAAAAUGAAGCGAUACAAUUUGAUUUUGAAAUUAAUAAAGACAAUGCUGAUGAUGUAGCUUCAGAAAUGGCCAAAUCUGGAUUGAUUUUGGAAGAAGAUAGCAAAAUCAUUGCCAAGAUGUUAACCAAUCAUGUUUUAAAUUUGAACAAAGAACAAAAUGACAAACGAGAUGUGCCAAUUGAUGAGGAACUGUUUAAAGAUGAAGCAAGUUCAGAUUUACAUGGAUCACAAUUUCGUCAGCCAGAAACUGUUGUAAUGUAUCAACUCCCAAGAUUCAACAAUCAGGACGAAGAAAAUAACAAGAGUGAAAAUCAAUCAGUAUCUACAAAACCACAUUUUAUUAAACCUUCAAGUGAAAUUAAUGUGGCCGAGCUCAUAAAUCAAGAUCAAAUACAGACAUCACCAUCAAAAAGUCUACCACUUCGGCCAGUUGAUGCUAUAUGUCAACAAGACAACUACAGAAAAAUAUCCAACAUUUCUACAGCAUCUUCUGAUUCAGCUUACACGUCUGAUACAAAUAUGGCUUAUAAACAUCUCAUUGAUCUCAAUCAAAUGCCAAAUACAGUAGAAGUUGUACCAGAAGGUUAUAAUGUACAAAAUGGAAAUAAUAAUAUAUACCCUCAAGAACAAACAAUGUAUCAGAAUAUAGAGCAAAUUAUAAAUCAAGAAGGUUUAAACUAUAUUCCAAAUGCUUCUACACAAUGGAAUUAUCCUAUAAAUACCAUUCCUAAUCAGCAAACUAUUGAUGAUGAAAUGCAAAGAAAAAUUUCUACAGUGUCUUCAGUCUCGAAUUUAUCAUCAUUAUCGUCAGACUCGGUUCAGGGACUCGUACAGCAAGAUAUCCAACAUCAUGCUAUUAUACACGAAGAAAACGCUUCUCAGAGUAACCAUAACUUGUUUGUACAAAGUCAAGAUGGAAUAAAUGCAACUCAAUGUGCUGAAGCUAUUAAUUGUUACAAAGCCCAAUCUCCAUCCAAUGAAAUAUAUCCUACGAACGCACAACUUUAUCAAGAAAACCAAACAUAUCCAAUUUAUAAUCAGACUACUAAUUUCCUUGAAGAUUCAAAGUUAAUUGAAGAAAAAACAGAUGCUGAAUCUACUACAAAUAUUGUUGAAAAUGAUGUUAAGCAGUCUCAACGGACAGACCAUAUAUUGGAAGAGACAUCCGUGAUAAAAGACGCAGCAACAAGAAAGAAAAGUAGAACUUCAGGACCAUCGUUGAAUUUAUUAGCCGUAUAUGAUAAUCGUCAAGCGGAAUGCCAAUUAGAGAGUAAUAAGCAUAAAACUGUGACAUUUAGAUUUAAUAUUGAUGACGUGGUUCCUUACGAUGUGGCUAACAAGCUGGUCACAGAAAAUUUAUUAGAGGCAUCUCAUGUUGAUUUGGUGGCUGAAAUGAUGAAGGACGUAGUAAAUAAACUAAAAUUAGACAUGCAACCAAAUAUUCAAUCUGUUGAUUCACUCCCAAUUCCAAAACAAGAGAUUGAAAGAGUACCAACAAGUAUUUUGGAAUUAGAAAACACAAAUUCUAAUGAAACUCCUACUGAAAAUCUUAAAGAUGUUGAAGAAAAGUUGUCAGAAACAGAAAAGAAUAAACCUGUUAGGAAAAUAUCUAGGUUUUUAGUGAGUCCAGUAAUUGCUCUACAAGCUAAUGAAGAAAACAACAGUGAUAAAAAUACAUCAAAACAAAAUGAAUUAUUGAGUCCCGAAUCACUUCAUAAAAGUAUUCUUAAUGAAAUGAUUACUUUGGCUAGCACAAAUACUCAACACUUGCCAUUGUAUCCAUUGAUUACAAAUGAAGAUACUGUAUCCAAUCCUGACUUGAACUCUUCUCAGUUAUUUGAGUCCAAAGCCCAAACUCAAAUUUCAACUGAUACAAACCAGAAAGGAGGAUCUUUGACUAUAUCUGAACUCCAGCAAAAACUAAUACAACUUACAGCACAACCGUCAGAAAUAUCAACUGGUACUCCACCAAUUGGUUCUCAUCCGAGCACACCUCAUGCAAACAGUUGUUAUGAGUCUUAUAUGAACACUCUUCAAAAACGGUUGGCUUCAAUAUCUAUGCCAGCUGGACACAUACUUGGGCCCUUGUCACCACAAAGUACUUUACACGCAAUUAGCUCUGCAACUUCUAAAUUGAAAAUACCAUCUGCUAUUGAAGUUAUAAAACCUAUGCAGCCCGUGGCCAUCGGCGUUGAGGAAAUACAUAUUGGUGAUGAAGUUGGCCCAAUAGUAGUGCAUGCUGUCCAAGCCCAAUCUAUUAUGACUGGAAAUGAAGUUCCUCAACACGUCAUUAUGCCCAAUGAGAAUAAAGAUCAACAAACAAUGGUGGUUCAACCAUUACCAGGCCAUUCAGUUAUGGUUCAGUCUGUCCCUGUACGAUUUAUCCAGAGUCAAGACACUACUGUAUAUGAAAAUGAAACUUCUCCUAACACUCAGAAAGAUGAUACAAGAGAACGGAAAAUAAGCCGUGCCCAGUCUGUAGAUUUACAUAGUUUAGAACAAAAACUAUCAAGUAUUCAUAGUAAUACAUAUAAAAAAUACUUUACAAAUUCGCCAAUUCAUCAAACAUUUCAAUCCUCAGAUCAAAAUUUGGUACAAUCAAUGGAACCAGAUAUUUCUUGUGAUAAUAAUCCACCUGUAUCAUAUUCGAGUGAUGACAUAAUGACAGAUCAAAAGGAAUCACAAGGUAGUCAAAAUACAGAAACUUUCAAAUGUUUAAAUAUUUCUGAAACCCCACAAUCGGCUAAGUUCAAUACGUCUGUAACUCCAUUAGACUUGCAGAGCGUAUUGCAAAGGCAAUGGUUUGAACUAGAGAAAUUACGUAAACGUCACAUAGAAGAAUUGAAAAGUUGUAUGCAAACUUUAAGACCAGAUAGCCUUCAACCUACUAUACUUUACGAAGCUUUAUCACCACUAUCCAAUGCUGGAAAAAAAAUAAAUAGCGAUGCUAGCAGUAACUCAAGAUCAACAUCACCAACAAUGGACAAUGGAGUAAUGCAGUUUACGCCAACUGGUUUGUACUUCUUACCAGAGUCUGUAAAGUUAUUGUCAUCAUCUUUGGCCGACUCGCAUCAUCACCCCACUUAAAAAUAAUUUGCAAAAAAAGAGAAAAAUACUAAAUAAUAAUGUCUUAAGCGUUCUUUUAAUAAUUCAUUACUUAUAUUUUUUAAUUAAAUAAUGUCUAUUGUAAACGCUUUUAAUUUAUUAUUAUUUUAUUUUAUGUAAGUUCCUUAGAAAAUUGUAUUAAUCAAAUAUAAAAUUGUACUGUUUAAUUUGUCAAAAAUAUAUGUUAUACCUGCACAUAUAUUUAAAAGAUUGCAUUGUAUAACAUUUAAUGAGUGCUUUUUACACUCAAUCCAUAACUAA